AUGCAACGUUGCGCAACGAUUUUCGAGAAACUGCAAAGAAAGCUGGACAAAUUCAAGGAUGCCAACAGUGCAAAAGGGUUUCGUGCACAUGGAAAGCUGCAAUGGGAGCGAGUAAAGUAUCCGUUCAAGGAGAGUACCAUCUUCAAACUGCGCGAUCUACUACACGAGCAAAAAGUGGAUUUGACUUUAGUCCUGGAGAGCUUACAGAUUGAUACCGCAAAUUUAUUUGUUGAUCGAUUGGAUAGUCUCGAUCAGAAAAUGGAACGGCUGACAUUGAACCUCGAUACUGUCAACACUAACAUUCAGCGAGUGCGCAGUAAACUCGAAUUAUCUGAAAAGAACGAAAAAUCACGCCAGAUGCUUCAAUGGCUCUGUUCUGUGGAUCCAUCUACAAAUCACGAAGCUGCUCAAAGUAAGCGGGAACCAGGAUCCGGGAUGUGGUUUCUUGAAGGAUCGGAGUUCAACGCUUGGAAGGUGUCCGGUUCUGUACUUUGGCUUAACGGUGAAAUCGGUCGGGGAAAAACAGUCCUCUGCUCUGCGAUAAUCGAGGACCUCAAGUCAUAUUGUCAAGUAGAAACCCCGUGUCAACUUGCAUAUUUCUACUUUUCUUUUACCGACCCCCGCACGCAGUCAGCGGUCACUUGCAUAUCCUCGCUCCUCAGGCAACUCUGUGAAAACCGAGGCAUUCCAGAGCGCUUGGAAAUACUCUACGACAAGAAAACUAAGGAAUCGCGUCACGAGGCAAGCUUUGAAGAAAUAACGUAUUUUCUUGAGUUGAUAAUCAGAGACAUUGGUUGUGUGUUCAUCGUUCUGGAUGCUCUUGACGAGUGUCUACCUGGUGUAGACGGACGAUACCGUCAGCAAAUGAUCCAAUGGGUCUACAAUAUAACCUCUUCGUGUCCCAAUGUCAGACUGUCAUUCACAAGCAGGAGCGAUAUGAGUUCCUAUGACAUCGUGGAGGUCAUUACUCGUCACCCAAAACUCGUCAAGGUCUCGAUUGAUGCUGCAAAAACCAGAGAGGACAUGCGUCUUCAUCUUUCAGAACAGUUCAGGAACCACCCUACACUAAGAAAAGCGCAAGAAAUCUCCAAGAUCAAUAUUUCGAAUGUUUUUCUUGAACGGGCGGAUGGAAUGUUUCAAUGGGUUGACUGUCAACUGGAUGAGCUUAAAAGUCUUCAAAUAGUUCGACUAAGAGAAGUUACGAUGAUUCUAAGUUCUUUGUCCUCAUCCUUAGACGAAGUUUACAUGCGAGUACUGCGUUCAAUUGAUUCACGAUUGUCGACAGAGGCAGGGAAUGCACUUCAGUGGUUGUGUCAUUCUCUUCAACCCAUGACCAUCGAGGCAUUAACCGAGGCGUCAAUCGUUAACCCAAAUCAGUCCAUUGUCGUUAAUGAUUUAGAUAGAAUGAUGCCAGAAGACCUCCUGAAGCUUUUACAAGGGCUUGUCGUCACCCGUCGCGUCCGGCAAGACAAGCAAGACGAGCAACUAGAGUUAUGUCUCUCACACAUUUCGGUUAAGGAAUUCCUUUUGCGAAGCGGUAUUCAAGAGGGUCCAUACUCAGAAUCCAGAUUCAAAGAAGAGGUGUCCCAUAGGGAUAUAGCGGCGAACUGCAUUGCUUAUAUAUACUACUACAGUUCUAGCGCCGAGAAAACCGGCACGAAAGAAGAUCUAAAUUCCUUUCCAUUGCUAUAUUACGCUUGUCGCUUUUGGUUCGAACACGUUAAACUUGCGGCCGAACAUGGAAGCACGCUGACAUCAAAGGUCAUCCAGCUACUACAAACACUAACAGUGUUGGAGGAUUGUUUGGUGGUCUACAAUCCGCACCAACCCACCACAUCACCCUUUUCAAAGAUAGUAAUUCAAAGACUUGCUUCACCGCUUGGAUGGGCCGCAGUUCUCGGCUUAGACUUAGUAGCUAAGGAGCUCCUGGAAAGUUAUGGCGGGGAGAUGGAUGAAUACCAAGAUGAAUCAGAAUCAUCAUUUCAUAAUCGGCAAAAGCUCAAAUGUGAAGAGGUAGAAAGCCUCCACAGAAUUACAGGAAAUUCGUUGAUGAAAGCGGUAUACUUCGGACACGAAAAGAUAGUGCGGCUCUUCAUUGAGAAAGGCGCAAGUGUCCAUACCAGCUGGGGAUAUCCUGACUCAGCUUUAACGUUAGCUUGUGAGUACGAACGUGAAAAUAUACUAAGAAUUUUACUUGACAACGGCGCCAAUCCCAAUGGAUACCCCGAUGAAGACACGAUUUCAAUUCCAUUGUAUAUAGCUGCUUUCGUGGGGAAUGUAGCAAUGGGAAAAUUACUUUUGGAAAGAGGAGCAGACCCCAAUGGACUACCUGUACCGGAAAUUACGCCUCUCAUGCACGCCGCAUGGCAUGGAAAUCUGGGAAUGUGCGAGUUAUUAACUGAAAGCAACGCAGAUGUGAAUCGUGUCUCUGAUGAUUGCGAGCUCCCAGACGCAUUGGCAGCUGCUGCCUCAAAGGGCAAUGUUGAUAUCGUUCAAUAUCUUCUCAGCCAUCAUGCAAUUAUCACUGAAAAUGCCCUUUAUUACUCUUUAACAGGACUUGAAGAUGGUCCGCGCGACGACCACGAAGCAAUAUGCAAGUUGUUUAUAGCAUGGGGGGCUAAUGUUAAUCCCAGUGUCGUUGAAUACGAUUUACCCCUUACUCUAGCUUUAUACAAUGGUUGGAUCGAUGUCGCGCAUUUGAUGAUUCGGAAUGGUGCCAAAAUUGAUUCACAGGACCCCAGUUGCCUCGCAGCCGGAAAUUUACUGCAAGCAGCGGUUAUAAGCGGCAGUGUCGAGCUCGUAAACCUGUUGCUUGAAAAGGGUAUUGAUGUUAAUGCUCCAACCGCCGAGGUUUCGCUGUUUAGUCACUAUGAGUUUGAGGGACCCUUCGCGACACCACUGCAGGCCGCCGCUCAUGAAGUUCGCAUAGAUGUCGUCAAACUUCUUCUUACACGAGGCGCUGAUGUGAAUGCCUUUGGCCCACCCUAUGGUAGUGCAUUGGGAGCAGUAGCUGCAGGUAUCUUUGAGAGAAGUGUAUUCAUGUCCUCUGGUCAAAGGUUGAAGCUGGUACAGAUAGGGGGUUCUAUAUCUAAGCUGCUAAUUACCAAUAAGGCUGAUAUGGAGUCCGCAGUGAGACUUUGUCCUAACCAGAGAAUCCUUGUCAUACUUAAAGAACUUUGUGGAGUGAAUAUAGCUGAAGUCGCCUGA